GCCGCUUUGACGUCAUCAGGAGUAGAAGAAGAUGGCGGCGCGCAUUUUGAGGACCGCAGGGAGGCUCGUUUCUGUGAGGAGCUCCGCUGUGCGCCUCCAGUCGUGGCUCCAUGGGUCGGCAGGUCUCUGGUCCAGUUCUCUUCCUCAGACUGGCUUCUUCCCACAGCUCGAAAAUGCCAUGCUGUUAUCAGGAACCUUCAACAACCGCGUGGCCUUAAUCACGGGAGGAGGGACGGGGCUAGGCCGCGCUAUGACUGUCACUCUGUCGCAGCUGGGAGCACAGUGCAUCAUUGCCAGCAGAAAGUUGGAAGUCCUGCAGCAGACAGCUGAAGAGAUCAGCAGCCAGACUGGAAACAAGGUCCACGCGGUGCAGUGUGAUGUCAGAGAUCCUCAAGCCGUCUCUCAGUGUAUUGAUCAAAUGGAGGCUCUGACAGGACUUCCUGAUGUGAUCAUCAACAAUGCGGCAGGAAACUUUGUCUGUCCAUCAGAACGUCUGUCGCCAAACGCCUGGCAGACCAUCAUUGACAUUGUCCUGAAUGGGACAGCCUUCGUCACCCUGGAACUUGGAAAGAGGUUGAUCCAGAAGCAGAAAGGAGCGUCCUUCCUUGCCAUCACCACAAUCUACGCCGAGUCUGGUUCUGGGUUUGUGGCCCCGAGUGCGUCGGCAAAGGCUGGGGUUGAGGCGCUCUACAAGUCUCUGGCUGCAGAGUGGGGGCGCUAUGGCCACAGAUUCAACAUCAUCCAGCCUGGACCAAUCAGAACAAAGGGGGCCUUCAGCCGUAUGGACCCGACCGGAGCCUUUGAGAAGGUCAAGAUCGACCGCAUCCCGACGGGCCGACUCGGGAAGCCAGCAGAGAUCGCAAACCUGGCGGCUUACAUGAGCAGCGAUUAUGCCUCCUGGAUGUCUGGAGCUGUGAUUCGGUUUGAUGGAGGGGAGUACGUUUCGAUUGCAGGAGAGUUUAACGAGCUGCGCAGUGUGACUCCCGACCAGUGGAAGGUGAUGGAGGCAAUGAUCCGAAAAACUAAAGGAUCAUAAAAACACUGACACUUCUGUUUGUACCACAGCAACCAAUCAGAUCACUGUGUGCAAUGGAUCUCCGUUCUGCUGAUGACAUAAUGAUAAACCUGAGAGCAGAGUUAAGCUAGUUUACUAAAUGACUGAUUGAUCAGCUGAUCUGCAUUAGCCAAUAUGUUAGCUUGGCGCUGGGGGAGACUGUCAUGUGAUUGUUUCCACAUGCUCAGUGUGCAUGUUUUUGACAGUUGGAUAAUAAAAAGCUGAAUCUUCA